AUGGGAAACGGCCAAGGGAAGCCCGUUGACCUCAGUGGCGAAGUGAAUCUUAACCAUUUCCGCCUGCUGCGAGUCGUCGGUCGAGGCGCGUUUGGCAAAGUGCGAAUCGUCGAGCGCAAAGACACUAAUCUCGCCUUUGCCUUGAAAUACAUACGAAAAGAUGAAGUUGUCAAAUCCGAAAGCGUGCGAAACAUUGUCCGCGAGAGGAGAAUGCUGGAGCACGUGAACCAUCCUUUCAUCUGCAACUUGCGGUACAGCUUUCAGGACAUUGAAUACAUAUACCUGGUGGUGGACUUGAUGAGUGGCGGCGAUUUGCGAUUUCACAUUUCGAGAAAGACGUUUACCGAAGAGGCGGUUCGUUUCUGGAUAGCCGAGCUGGGAUGUGCCCUGAGGUACAUUCACGGCCAAAACAUCAUUCAUCGAGACGUCAAGCCCGACAACGUCUUGCUGGACUCUGACGGACAUGUACACUUGACGGAUUUCAAUGUGGCAUCAGACGUGGUGUCCGGACGAACGCUGAUUAGCAAAUCCGGCACAUUGGCCUACCUGGCGCCAGAGGUUUACUCGGGCAAGGGAUAUACCGUGUGCGCCGAUUGGUGGUCGCUAGGAGUGUUAUUUUACGAAUGCAUCUACAACAAGCGACCGUUUGAAGGCAAUAGCGAGUCUACUCUCAGCCAGCAAAUCCAAAACUCAAGCCCGAGAUACCCCGUCACUCAACCGCCCGUUGCUCUGUCCUGUUUAUACGCCAUCCGCGCUGCUCUCAAUCCCGACCCGCAAACACGCAUGGGAGCGACGUGGGAAAGCUUCAUCUACAACGACUUUUUCCGAACCAUCGACUUUGAUCUGCUCGAACAAAAGAGGAUAGAGCCGAUCUUCAUCCCUUCGUCGGACAAGACCAAUUUCGACGCAACGUAUGAUUUGGAAGAAUUGCUGCUCGAGGAGGCUCCUCUGGAGGCGCGAGCCCGGCGGCAGAAGCCCCGGGAGAAGUUGAAGGAGGAUGCUACGGAUCAGGAGAUCCGGGAGGAGGAGCUGUAUCGCAUGAUUGAGAAGGAUUUUCAGUCGUUUGACUACACCGUCGCAGCCUAUAAAAAAAUCACUGAAGAAGCGUCUCGCAAUGUCGACUCACUCCCUCGGCACGACAUGACACCCUACGGCGGGCCACAAGCACUCACCACAGACGAAGCCACGCCUUUCCCCCCGCCUGCGUCAUCACUUCAUCAGCCAUUCCAGCCCGGCCCAUCACAAGUCCCCUCGCCGUUCGAUUCCCGACAAGGUCGUCCCACGCGUCCUGCCCCGCCUCCGCCUCUAUUCCCGUGCGAACACCUCUCUCCACCCCUUGCUCACGCGAGCAACCGUGUGGCCAGCCGAACAGGCGGACUGCAAGUCACACUGGACGGAGGCGGCAGCUGGUCCGACUUGGCCCGCCAGGACGCAACCUUGCCCACGGACGCCAACGUGCCGUCAGACGCCAAGCCCGAAGGCUCGAGCGGCAUGUUUGGCUUCCUCAAGGGCAAAAGAGGGAGGAACAACAGCCCGAGGCCCAAAGAGAGGGGUGUGUUGGGCAAGGAAGGCGCGAGAGUUGUGAUUAGUUGA